AUGCGCUUCUUCCAAGUCCUCACCGGCCUCAUUGCCGCAGUCUCUGCCAUUGACAUUCAGAAGCACUUUGGACAGAACUGCGGUGGCAACUACCGCGUCUGCACAGGCCUAAACCCCAAUAUCUGCUGCGUGGGCGCUACGGCCGAGAGCAUCCUGUUCAGGUACAUCCCCGCCAACUGGCGUAUCGAGUGCAGGGGCUACGUCGACGGCGACUGCAAGACGCGCCGCGCCACCAUCUUCUCAGCCGGCUCCACGGCUGUCUGCAUGCGCUCCGGUGGUUUCCUCUUCACUGGCGCUGGCUACGGCUUCGUCAACCGCAAGCGAGCUCCCCAGGCCGACGAGACCUGCGACCCCAACGAGCUCGAGCUGGUUGACGGUCAGACCCAAAAGUGCGAGAGCUCGCAGGAGCCUGACACUCUGGUUCUCGUCGACGGUUCCGAGUACAACCUUGUUGGCCUCGAGGCCGAGAAGCUCGAACGACUGGUAUGGAUUCUUCUACCCGAUGACACUUGA